CACUAUUGUUCUCUGCUCACUAGCACUGCUGAACUGCAUGCAGUGUCUUUCUAAUGGUACGGCAGGAGUCUGACUCUGAUCUGGCUGGUAGCUGGUGAAUAGAACACCUGGGAAUAACAAACGAUAACUGUAAAGAGGAUACUUUUCUCGAUUCAGACCACCGGCUAACUCACCCUGGAUCUAAGACACCUCACACAAGCGAAAUCGUAGCUAUGGAACUUGAGCUGAAGAAUGUAGAGCUGAGAGCUGGGGACACGCUGAAGGUGAAAGGGAAGAUUCUGGAUAUGGCUGAGAGAUUCCAGAUUGACCUGGGCUGUGAUGCUGAUCACCUGGCUUUGCACUUUAACCCCCGUUUCCAUGACGACACCGAUGGCUCUGUGCUUGUGUGCAACUCGAAGAUUGCAGGCUGCUGGGGAGACGAAAAGAGGGAGACCCACAACCCUUUGCAGAAGGGCUCUACUGUCAAGAUUGUUCUGAAGAUGGCAGGAGACAUGUUUGAGGUGGAACUUCCUGAUGGACAUGAGAUUCAGUUCCCGAACCAUGAGAGCCUGGAUAUCUGCUACGUUCGGAUCAAAGGGGACUUUCAGCUCAAGUCCUUCAAGAUCUGCUAGGAGAAGCUACAGAUCUCUGCUAUGGAAAA